AUGAAUUUUACUUCUAAUCUAUAAGUAAACAACCUAUUUAAGGGUCUCACUCAAUCCUUAUAAGCCUAAUAAUCUUAGCAAGCAUAGGCUAUAAAGCUAGAAGAUCUUAUCAACAAAUACACUGGUCUAGGCAGAAUAGAAAAAGACGUAAUUUUCAAUUAUGUGAAGAACGGUGAGAGCCAGGUGAAAUAAAGAAAAGACUACAUUACUAAUGUCAUUAUUAUCUUCAAUUCUUUUUUCGAAUAUGGGUUUCUCCACAAAUCUAUUUCAUCAAGCUCAGGCAAAUCAUCAUCUUAUGCAGAUGAAUGGGCAGACGGAGAUGAUAGCAAUUAGUUAGGAAGAGUUGAACAUUACUGGGAAUAUAUGACAGUCUAGUUCACAGAUUUAGAUACUGUUAGAUACAUUAAUUUCUACUAUGAGGAAGCCUCAAACAACCGUGAGAAGGCACUAGGUUGGAUACUUUUGGCACUCAACCAAAAAGAUGAACUUUAAAGAGUUGUGAUGGAAAUUUUUAGUUGCAUUCCCAUAUUACAACUUUAUAGUAAGCAAGAUUCUUACCUAUGGGCUAAUAGAAAAGAGAUAUUAGAGUGUAUUGACCUAGUGAAUCAGAAAUCUAUGUACAAUCCAUGUCCUCUUCUUGAUAAUUAUAUUGAAUUUGGAAAGAAAAAAGAAGAAAAAAAGGUCAAUCAAAAUUUCUUGGCAUUUUUAGAAAAUGAAGAGGAUGAAGAAUAAAUUGUAAUUUAAACUUCAGCAAGAAGACCAGAGAAAUAAAAUUCACCCAUAAGCACUUAAAACAAAAGCUAGGAUGGUAGCGGAAGUAAAAAAGAUUAACUUUCUAAUAAGAGUGCAUUGAAGUAAUAUAUAUCAUAGUCUGACGGAGGAAAUAAUCUCAAAGAUCAGCAAGAAGAUAUUAUUGGAGCCAGAUUUUAAAAGUAAAACUAAUAAUUUAAAUAAGAACAUGACGACGAAUAAAGCAGUGUUGUAUUCGAUCCUAAAAAUUCUUUAAAUAAUUCUAAGGAUCAUGAAGAUUAAGCUAGCAGCUAAAGCUAAAUUUUUAGAAUUAAAACAAGCAGAAAUGAGGUUGGAUCCUUUGCUCAUUCAUCAGGAGGUGAAUCACAGAUAAAUAUAAAGUAGCAUAAUUAUGGAACUGUCUCGGCUGUUAAUAAUAACUUGUACUAAAUAGAUCGAUAACUUGAAAGGCAAAGUAAUUAAAGCUCCAGAAAUGAGGCUAAUGAAUUUACUCCAAGAAAACAUACUGAGACUCUGAUAAUAAAUUAUGACAGAAUUUCACUUUCAAGUAUGAAUGAAAGUAACUUUAGAUAAAAUUUCAAUCAGGUAUCUAAUUCUCAUGUUACCAUAGCAAACAGUAGGCUGAAUCUUUUCAGCAAUAAUGAGAUAUUAGCUGAGAAUAAUCCAAGUAAAUCACCAUCGCCAGAAUAAACUUCAAAAGUUAACUUUAACUAUGACACUAAUAUUUCUCCAAAUAAUAAGGGUUGGCUUACUAUUAGAGAUAAUAAUCCUUUUUAGCCAGUUUAGGAGUUAGAAGAUAUAUUUAAAGCAAAUUUAUCAUAAAAAUUCUUCAUUAAUGAAAUGCCAACUAAAGAUAACAGGAUUAAUGAUACUUCAUUUAACACUAGGUCAGUUCACUCUGUAAAAUAUAAUGAUGCCUUCAAAAAUAAGACAUAAAGAGAAUAUAGGGACUCUUAAUACUCAGAUUAAAAUGAGAAUCAGCAAAGCAUAGGUCUUGAAGAUUCAAGAAGGAUCAUUGACAAAAUCUUAAAUGAGGAAAAUAUCAAUGUGCCAUAAGAGUUUAGAAAGCAAUUUAAGAUGAUUUAUAAGGAUCUUUCAGGAAAUAAGUAUAAAUAAGAUCUUAAAAAUUCAGAAUUAGUAUUUUUUAACGAAUACUAUGAUAAAUUCAAAAUUCUUGAGUAUACUUACUAAAAGAAAACGAUAUUUAUGAAAAAGAAGGAUUAAAUUGUAACUUAUAUAUAUAUUUUAACACAUAUUUUAGAGAUAAAACGCAAAAAAUAUAGACAAUAUUUGUGGGUCAUGCUUAAAAAAUUUACCACCACUAAAGUUGUUUGGAUUCAUUUAAAAAAAGCACUAUUGCUAUUUCUGUUUGGAUUAUACUUGCAAAAAAUGUAUGGCUGA